AUGUCAGCCAGGGGGCUGCACGCGUCGGGCCGCGGCACCGCGGCGCGCCCGGCGCAGCUGGAGAUGCCCGUGGCGGCGCAGCCAGCCGCGUGGGGUGGCGCCCCGGCGGUGCUCGAGGGGCUGCUGGCGGAUCAGCUCUGGGCAACCACGCCAUCGAAGCGACGCACCAGAGCACGGAACACGGCCGAGGAGAAGGCGCGAGCCGCGGUGAAGUUGGCGGACAUCGAGCGCAGGAUGGCAGAGGGGGACGAGUCCGUCGAGAAGCUGGGGCAGGCGGAGAGCUUCUGCGCGAACUGCGACCAGAGCACUUCGGAGAUGGCAGCUACGACUGCAGAGCUCCAGGCAGAGCGCGAGGAUCGGCCGAUGGAGACGGAGGCUGUUGCCAUUUUGCAAGCCAAAGCGAUCGUGAAGACCCGCGGCCGAGGCGCCGUUGACCAUUCCAUCUGCGGCGUCGGAUGGCGCCUUGUAGGACUGUUCGACGCCGGGCGGCCUCCGCCGCCGGCGGUUCCGCCGCGGGCGGCACCGCCGCGGCGGCGGGCGCAGCGGCCCCUGGCUGGGGCGGGCUCUCCGCCGGAGCGCCCCCGCUCGGCUCCUCGGCGCGGCCGCGUCCCCGUGGGCGGCGUCGGCGGCGGCAUCCUCGACGUCAGCGGCGGCGUCGGCAGCGGCGUCCGCGGCAUCGGUGUCGGCGGCGUCUUUGUCGGCGAGCGGCGGGGGCGGGCCGGCGGCCUCGGCCUCGGCCUCGUCAGCCCGCGCGGGGCCCUCCCGAUGUUCUGCGCCUGCGCGCCGAGGCUCCCGGAGGGAGACGCGGAGCCGAUCGACGCCGCCCCGAACGGCAGAGCCGACCCGGACCCGGGCGGCCCGCCAGGAGGGGACUCGGCCUCGCUGUUGAAGGCGGAUGGCAACUCAGACAAGGGGGGCCAGAGCCCGAUCGCGGCUCCGACCUCACCGGCACUUGGCAGCCUGGCGGGCUUCGACCUUAUGGCUGGUCUGGGCGACUCUCUGGCCGGCCUGGCGGGAAGCAUGUCGCCCCGCUUUGUCGACGAGAUCCCCACUGACCCUUCUCCCACGACGCAGCCAAUAGUGUCGGAGUUUUCCUCGAAGACGCUCGAGGAGAGCUCGCCGACGACGAGGUGCUCUGCGAGCUUCCCGCAGAGGCGAAGGCCGUUCUCGAAGCGGCCAGCAGGAUGA